AUGGAAGUAAAUGCCCUCCUCAAGUUCGCCAAGGAACAAGCUGAUGUGACCUUGAAGUAUGAACCUUUUGAGUCUGUCAGCAACCACUCCGACCUCUCAAAGAUCCGCCUGGUGGUGAUGUUUGACGCAUCUCAUGCAGCUCUACACUCUCAAGGAGGACACCUGGCUAUCCUGGUCCCUGAAGAGGAAGAACCGAGCUAUGAGGAUGAGAAUGUCUUGCAGGAUGAAGCCGCCGACACUGGACCUACAUCAUGGCCGAGUUCCAAGCCCUUGAGAACCCCAACGGCAAUGAUGAUCUACUUCACACAGAUCAAGGCUGUUACGGCAGAGCCCACAGGUGACUUCACGCAGUUGAAGCCAGAUGGUCUUUGUUUGGCUGGCGAUGAGCCUGCUGAGGAAUGGUCCAUUUUGACCUACAUGUUCCUCUUCAUCCUCUUCAUCACCCUCAUUGUCAAGUUGAGGGUGGCUCAAGCUCGAAAUGAGCGACACUUUGACAGCGCGUUGGAUGACCAAUGCCUGUUCUUCGAUCGCCGCAUCUCCCAGCUGGAAAACGAUUUGGUGAAAGCUGCUGAGGCCAAUGCGGAAACCCACAGGCAUCACAACGAGAUGAUGGAGCAAUGGCGCCUAGAACAGCAAGAAGCCGAAGAAAUCGACCAGUCCUUUCGACAACGUCAGGCUUUGCCGUCGCGCUGCUACCGGGAACUCCUGGACCAUUUUGAUGAAGAUUGCCCUCUCACCACGGGCACCCAUGUGACGCCCUUCGGUCACACCUUCCACGUCCGAGCUGAUUGCCACGGCCUGAAGCAGGCUCACAGAGUUGAUCGACGUCCUUGUUGCGCUUUUUGCAACCCUACUCCUCAGACUCCUCACCGAGUCAAUGGCUUGAGCGGCACCACACUCCAGGAAGACAUGAUGUCCUGGAGGCGCGACUAUGGCAACCUGCCAUACGAGGAGUGGAUGAUCGACUGA